CGAGUGGGACAAGAUGAACCUGUGCUUUGUCAGCCUUCUCCUCGCUUUGGAUUUUGUCACUGUUGCGCUCAGUUUGUCGACAUGCAGCGUAUUGGACAUGGAGCAGUUCAAGAAGAAGCGCAUCGAGGCGAUCCGAGGGCAGAUCCUGAGCAAACUCAAGCUCGCCAAUCCGCCACAGGACUUCCCCGAGCCCGAGGACGGGUCCAGGGACAUCGUAGCCAUUUACAACAGCACGCGGGACCUCUUGCAGGAGAAGGCCAAUGAACGGGCGGCAACGUGCGAGCGACAGCGGAGCGAGGAGGAGUACUACGCCAAGGAGGUGCACAAGAUCGAGAUGCAGCCCAUCUACCCGUCUGAGAAUGUUAUUUCUCCAACUCUCUUCAACCCUUACUUCAGACGGCUAAUGUUUGAUGUGUCCUCCAUGGAGAAAAAUGCCUCCAACCUGGUGAAAGCUGAGCUGAGAAUCUUUCGUCUUCAAAAUCCUAGUGCAAGAGUAUCUGAGCAACGCAUUGAGCUAUACCAGAUUUUAGCACACAAAGACUUGACAUCCCCAACCCAACGAUACAUUGACAGCAGAGUGGUACGAACACAAACAGAGGGCGAGUGGCUUACCUUUGAUGUGACAGAGGCAGUGAGUGAAUGGAUGAACCACAGAGACAGAAACAGUGGAUUCAAGCUCAGUCUACAUUGCCCAUGUUGUACUUUUGUUCCAUCAAAUAACUACAUCAUUCCAAACAAGAGUGAGGAGCUGGAGGCACGGUUUGCAGGUAUUGAUGACAGCUUCAUCAACGGUGGUGAUCUAAAAGUAUUCAAGAGGCUGCGACACAGUACUCGGCCUCCACACCUUCUAAUCAUGCUGCUACCCUCAUACCGAUUGGAGUCUCCAUUUCACCACAAAACACAUCGAACAAAGAGAGCCCUGGAUGCAGCUUACUGCUCUAGAAAUGUUCAAGACAACUGUUGCUUAAGGACCCUCUACAUUGACUUUAAGAAAGACCUUGGCUGGAGGUGGAUUCAUGAGCCAAAGGGCUAUGAGGCCAACUUCUGUGCUGGAGCCUGUCCUUAUCUAUGGAGUUCUGACACACAGCAUGCCAAGGUGUUAGGCCUUUAUAACACCAUUAACCCUGAUGCAUCAGCGUCACCCUGCUGUGUGUCCCAGGACCUUGAACCCCUCACCAUCCUUUACUAUAUCGGCAAGACACCGAAAAUAGAACAGCUCUCCAAUAUGAAGGUCAAGUCUUGCAAGUGCAGCUAGAAACUAAGCCAGCACAAGCCACUCCCACCUUCCUUCACACAAUAACGCACACACACCAUUUGCAACCAUGCUCUCUUCUAUUUUUGUACACACGGUCCAGUGUCAUGUGAUCAAGAUUAGAGGUACUGAACAAAUAAACCUCAUUCCAAAAUGGCACUGCAAUGCUCUUACGAAUACACUACACAGACCAUGAUUCCAUAAAGACUUUUCCACCAUGUGCCUUGAAUUUGUUUUUGUUUGUUUCUAUGCUGUUUAACAGACAGCAAAUCUGUCUCCUGGUUCAAUAUUUUGAUGAUGAACAUUCGUCCAAGUUUAAGUGUGCCUUCAGUUUGUGGUGCCCUGCAUGGCUUUCUAAGCAUCAGCCCCUGUUGGCUAUCAGAUGUUAAGAUUCAACCUGUCAUAUCCAAUCAAGCCUCUUCUUCUGAAAGAGAAACAGCGCAGUUAUUUUGGUGCAAACAUAAGGUUGGGGUAUUGUUUUAAUGCAGCUAAACAAUCUAAACGAAAGGCUAGAUGAAUAAGAAGUCCUCAGUUCUUUCGUUUUUUGGCAUAUCGAUGCAAGAUGCAGUAUAGGCAAUGACGUUGCAUGUUUUGUGCAGUACGUUUGCCAUGGAGUUUAAGAUGAUUAAUUACCACUGUCUUUCAGUGAAACACACUGGAAUUGACAGAGACGAAGUUUUAGGGAGACUGACAAACACUCAGUCUUGACUUCCAUCAUUUUUCCCUCAAAAUAAGAAAUGUACCAAUUAUUGUUGGUUUAGUUUAGGAGAAUUGCUAUAUUAUACAGCUUUUUAAAUUGAAGCAUUUUUAAGUCAAAUUUGCCUGAUUGGCAGAAUAGAUCAGUUAUAAACUACAAUAACUUUUAACUUGUUGCUACGUGAGCUGUAAUUUACUGUAUCAAUAGAUGACACCCUAGAACAUGAUUGGACCAGGGUUCUCAUUUCAAAUUAGAAAAUCUCACUGCGCACCACCAUACGGAAUGUGCAUUGCUGCCACACCAGAAAAAGAAAGUUCAGUAUCACCUUAUAACAUGAUCAAUUUCACGUUUUAAUGUGAUAACUUAUCACGUUGAAAUGUAAUAUCUUUAACUUCUACAUUUGGCUAAACAAAAUAAAGCAAUUUCUGCUGGUUCAGGUCACUUGCAGAGCUUCAUGAAUGUACGUAUGCGUGUCUUCUUUUUACGUCUUAAAUCUUUGUAAACACUUGGCCUUGUUUUUUUAAAAUACAUUUUUAAGUAGGCUAUUAUAGACGAGCAGCGUAGUUACGUGGCUAGUAACUUUGAUUUAUAAGAUACAAAAAGAAGACACAAGGUCUUCUUAGGGCUCCGCCAGUGACCUGAACCAGAAAUAAUUACUUUGUUUUGUUUUGACGAAUGUGAACGUGAAACUUAUCACGUUAAAACGUUAAAAUGUAUCUCCUUUUAAUGUGAAAUUUAUCAUGUUAAAACAUGUUAUUUAUCACGUUACAAACUGAUACUGAACUCUUUUUUUCUGGUUUGGCAGCAAUAUGCUUCCGUACCACCAGACAAAAAUGUUACAGAAAGUAUACAGUAAAUACUGAAUCAUUGCCCUAGAUAACCUUGUCACAUGUUGAUAUUAAUGUUUGAACAACAAUGACCCUGCCAAGAGGUGAUUGAAUAUAUCCAUCCAUUUUCUGAGCCGCUUCUCCUCACUAGGGUCGGGGGCGUGCUGGAGCCCAUCCCAGCCGUCAUCGGGCAGGAGGCAGGGUACACCCUGAACUGGUUGCCAGCCAAUCGCAGGGCACAUACAAACAAACAACCAUUCGCACUCACAGUCACACCUACGGGCAAUUUAGAGUCACCAAUUAAUGCAUGUUUUUGGGAUGUGGGAGGAAACCGGAGUGCCCGGAGAAAACCCACGCAGGCACGGGGAGAACAUGCAAACUCCACACAGGCAGGGCCGGGGAUUGAACCCGGGUUCUCAGAACUGUGAUGCUGACGCUCUAACCAGUCGGCCACCGUGCCGUGAUUGAAUAUAUGAAUCAGAAAAACCCUGGUAGAAAAAAACAUUUAACAUGAAAGUGUUUUAAUGUAUUGACAAAAUGUUGAUUGUCAUCAUCACAAUGUGCAGGUGGCUUUGCAAGGAUACGGCCUUUCUUUCAUUCUCCUUCUAUAGAAGCCCAAGUCAACAUGAAUCAACUCACGCACUUGUCUCACGAGACGCGAGAGUAAAGGCAAACACUGGAAGUUUAUGUGAUAAGUGUCUAUAUGUGAAAUGAGUUCUGGAACAUGACACAGAUCCACCCUCAAUUCCCAUCCACCUUUAGCGCUCUCCCUUAUUCAGUCACAUCACAUCCUCAUUUGCAUUUGUCUUUGUUUUGUAUCCUUUGUAUGUUUAAUAUAUUCAUUGUUUUGCUAUUUAAGAUGUUCGUGCUUAGGUGCCUCACACCCAAGAGAUUUUGAAUAUAGUUGAGAUGUGGACAGUUAACCUUGCAUUGUGGAAAUGCAACCUCUACAUCCAUUUGUAUCUUUCAGGUGCUCUAUUAAAUAUUAUUUUUGUUGUAAAAUGAUAAUAGUUUUUGACAAAACUACUGUCUGUUGAUAUGGUGAAAGGGUAAACAACUUCAAUGUACAAAACGUUUUUUUUUUUUUUUUGUUUUGUUUUCUCAAACUGUUGACUCUGUCGAAUAUGUGUCUGUCAUAAAAACAUGGUUUGGGAAUGAAACUUUGCAAGUGCUGCAAUCGGAUUCCUGCAGCACAUAGAUGGCUAUUCUGUAUAAUUGUUUUGCAUUACAAAGCGAUAAGCCGCUUUAAAAUUGUUACGUUUUUGACAGCCCCAAGACCUUUGCGGGCCAAGUACAUCUUACUAAAAGGCAUUGAUUUGCUGUAGCUUCAUAAGGAAGAGACUUUAAAUUAAAAAAAAUUUUUUUUUUUUACAGGAGAUAUUUCAGACCACUUACUGUAGUGAGUAUGUUGAUAACAUGGGCAUUAAAGCAGUUUUUAUGAUGCAUGUCAAAAUUUGACAUUGGUAGUUCCGCAGCAUUUGUUAAAUGCGAAAGCCAUCAGCCAGAUGUAAGAAGCUACUGAAAUUCCUACCAUUCACAGUUUAGGAUGAUUUAAACAGCAAUCAUACAAUUCUUAAAACAUUCUUGGAUCCAAGAAAAAUGGAGGUGUUUUGCCUACCUGGAGGAAAUACAGCAAUUUGAAACAGGGAUCAAGGAGCAAAUAUAACAACUUUCCUUGGGAAUUUAUGAACAUUUUGAGAAAUUAAUCUGCAGGACUAAAGUGGAAAUUUGAAGAUUAGUUUAUUACAGGGAAGUUUUUUGUACAAAAGUAAUAACAUCUUGUGGCAGUAUAUUUCUUCGCAAUUAGAUUGAAUUUGCAGUUUCCAAAUUUUGCCCAAUUAAAGCACUUCUUUAACAAUUACAAUUUACAAAUAGUUAAAAAAAAAAGGUUAUUUACUUCUAUUCCUAAACAGAAAACCUUAGUGGUUGAAUUUUAUGCUUUAUUAAUUCCAGACUUCUCAGAAAUGCCAAGUGAGGCAGCUCAAAUGUCCGUAUAAAAAAAAGUGUAUUGAGUUUGAAAGUCCUUAUUUCUGUUCAAGAUGGUAAACAUUGAAAUCUCAGAGAAAUAGGAAGAGUCUGCAUUAAAGAACAAAAUGAUUCUAGUCUCUUCUUGUGGUCUAAUCAAUUUGUUGUUCUGUAUAUGUACAGUAGAUGAUAUGUGUCAUCACAAAUGUGUUUGUAUGAGUCAUCACAAAUGUCCAGUUAAUUUGCAUCGAUGAUCUUUUAUUCUCAAGGAAAGUUAAAAACUGUAUUUCCAAAUUCCUCCUAAAAAAAACUUGCAGAAAUUUCAACAAAAUUUACCCGAGGUUCUCCAGCCCUUUGCAACCCAGCAAAUCCUCCAAUAUGAUCUAAAUGUCUGUGACUGCCACAUCAAAAAAUGUGUGCCACACAGCAAAUUAUAUUAUUUUUGUAACCACCAACUGAAAUGGGACUCCAUUAGUAAGUCCCUUUUUUCGUACCUUCUGAAAUAAAACUCAAAAGUUCCUGUGAUUAUAUUUUACAAGGAACUCUGUUAAGUAAACAAAUCUGCAUAGAAUAUAUCCCUAACAUGACACAAAUGCCUUCUGCCAUUUAUGUCACUUCUACUGUACUCUAUUUGGAUUUGGAUUGUUUCGCUUGUGUACUUGGUCACAAAGAGUGAACCGUUUGUGGUUAGUUUAAGAAGCUUUCCACACUUGGAGAAAGUAAAAGAAGUGAUGACGUUUUAUACACAUGAGGAGAACACUGGUGUCAUGUCACGCACUCAACAGAGUCAUGUGCUUACCCCACAGUGGUUUGGAAAGCUCUGGGUUCAGAGAGGGGUUGUCUUUUGGCAAGUGAUGACAGUACAUAGGGAGAAACACUGAGUACGAUCAGUGUGAUUUGACCCAAUUUAGGAAUGUUGCUUACUAGAAGAAGAGACCUUUCAAAUGUUUUAAGAUCCAAAAACAUUACGAAAUAUAUCGGUCAGUCAAUGGUCAAGUGUUCCACUUUGUUCAAGCUUAUAAUAAUGUCAACACUGAGGCAUAUUCCUGCCAAUAUAAAGCUUUUGUUAACCCACAACGUCUGUCUGUCAUUAGCUUUUCAAACAAGUUGCACUGAUGCUGUUUUAUUUUUAGUAUGUUGAAAAAGAGUUCUUCCUUUUAUAUUUUAGUGAAUUAAACACCCCUUCCCCCGUCCUUUAUCUAACGAGGCGUGUCGAUGACCAUCCCAACAGGGCAAUUGGUGCCAGUGGACAUCCUGACUAGCAGGGAAAUACGAUUUCUACACGCCUAGUUUGUCAUGGUAGAGCCGUUGUUGUUUUUUUAUUUGUAUUUGUUGUUUUUAAUGAUGUGAUUGUGACCCACUAUACUGUACUCUAAUACGGUAUACUGUGGUGCUCUAGUGCUAAAUAAAUUAUUUAUGUUUGAAUUAA